UUCCGUUCGGAGUAGUCGUCCCGCACGGUCGCACCCGAGCGAUUUCUGGGCGAUCCGUCGGCAGUCGCGCCGGCGUCGCCGACCGCGAUGGACCACGACGAAGAGAGGUCCCUGUCUCUGGGCACGGAGAUAUCGGCCUCCGUGCCACCCCCUAGCCCCCUGACGGGAUGUUACUUACUUGCUGUUAUUGGUGAACCGCACACGCAUGAGCACAAGGAGAUUAUUCUUCAGCGCCUAGUCAAAGGGCUGCUAUCAUGGGACUGCGGCGAGCACCAGGUCGACCUGGAGAAGGAGCUGGCCACCCUCACGGCGCAGGCACCCGAGGGGGAGGAGGCCAGAUAUGGCGAGCGUCUGAUCCAGUACGCUUCAGAGAACCUGGUGACGGAGAUCCUGAUCCACCCGCAGAUGAACACGCUGAUGCAGUGCAUGAGGAACCUGCUCAGCUCGUUCACCAGGCACAGACACUUGGUGCACGCCGGCUACACGUUCGCCGGCAACGGCUCCUGGAUUAUGCAGGACGGCACAUUUUCUUUAGCAGACUUCACCGAUGCAUACCAAGAGAACGAGGUGCAGCGCGUGAUCCGCGCGUACGAAAACUCCAUUUCGAUCGACAUACACUGCUCCACCAGUGGGGGCGGCGAGUGGGCCAAGCUCCCAGAGAUGCCCUUCGUCAAACACUGCAAGAUUAGGGUCAACCCCACGGAUAUUCUAGACUCCGGCUCGCAGGCCAUCAAGAAUUUUGUCGCAUACCUCGAGCCAUAUGUGGUGCCAGCGAGCCUGGACCAGCUGCUGGUGUCGAGCGACGUGGUCGGCAACAUCAGGUUCAGCCACCCGACGCUGUAUGUGUUCCCGGGGGGACAGGGCGACGCUGCACUCUUCGGCAUUAACGGAUUCAACAUGCUCGUUGACGGUGGCUUCGCCCGCAAGGCUUGCUGGUGGGACUUCGCCCGCCACCUGGACCGCCUGGACGCGGUGCUCUUCACCAGGAUCAACAACUGUUCCAUGUCGGGCAUGGCCUCGGUGCUGCGCAGGAAGGCCCAGGCCAAUGUCUACCCGCAAAUUGGACACUUCUUCUGUAACCUCGAAGAGCGACGCUCCCUCGCCAGUCCAGACGGGGACAAGGACGCCGACGCUCUGCUCGUGUCCCUCCUGCAAGAGGGUUCGGACAUGAUGACAGACCUCCGUCACCUGAACCUGAAACCCCAACACUGUUACCGGAGCCCUGAACCCAUCAACCUGUACCACAAAGUUGGACAUGGAACCCUUGAUAUGUACGUACUGAAUCCGUCCAAGGACUCCAAAUAUGUUCGAGAAUUUUUGAAAAGAUGGCACAAUAGUGAACAGAAAUUAUUCGAAGGUGCAAGUGUGUCAGGACAAUUUAACUUUCCCGUUCCUAACCUCGUCUCAAUAUGCGCUCUUCUUGUGUGGCGGCCGGCGAAUCCAGACGACACGAUAACCAGGAUAAUGUUCCCUGGAUCUACUCCACAACACAAAAUAUUUGAAGGCCUGGAAAAGUUAAAACAUUUAGAAUUUUUACAACAUCCGACUUGUACUGGACGACAAAUGACGCCAACAAUAGCACCAGUGCCAACAAUAACAUCGACGACAACGAGCAGAACCACCAAACAAACAACGACAAGGACGAGCAAAGAAAAAAGUGUCAUAUCAGAUAAAACCAAAGACGAAAGGAUUGUGGAACCUGAACCACCACCAAAGGAUGUAAAGAAUGUGACAGACUCUAAAAAUAUCAUAGAUAACAAAUUGCUCAGUGAAUUAGUAGACGGUGAAGGAAAAAAAAUUGAAUCAGUUUUAAAUGAGGCUAUUACUGCCAGAGUAGAAUCAAAACUAGAAGAUAAAAUUGCUCAAUAUGAGAGCGCAGUAAUAGAUGACUUGCCGAAAAAGAAGGACUUGAAGAAGAAAAAUAAAGUUGUUGACAAGAAAACUAAAGGUGUUGAUAAGACUGACGAUACAAAAGAUUCAAUAACGAAAGUUGCAGAAGCUAAAAAAAUAGAUGCCGAUAAGACAAAAAUUGACGUGAAAAAUAAAAUGGAAACCCGGACAAAGACAGAACUAGCAAGUACAAGAAGUAAAUUAAGCCAUCGUGCUGUGCAAAAAACAGAGAAACGAUCCGUUUCUACUGCGAUAGACAAAAAAAAAUUAUCUGAUGAAAAGAAAUCACCACCAACUACCCCCAAGAAGUCUGUUGAUACAAAAAUGACUUCGUCCACAAUACAACCAGUAAAAGAUAGAGUUAAAACUAAGGUUAGAAAAAUGAGUCCAGGUAGCACACCUGCUAAAAGUGCCAAAGAAGCAAGUAAUCGUAGGGUAGUAGAAUCUAAAUACAAACAAGGAUCACCCAAAAGAGAUCUUGGUCAAAAACUUUCUGACAAAAAAGAAUCAAAGACAAAACGAGAACCUAUUUCUCGGAGACCAAGGCCAUUAGCUUCACCUGUAAAAGGACUAAAAGCAAUGAAAAGUCCUUCCAAAUCCGUAAAAUCAAUAAAAACUGACACUAAGUUAAAAGGUUUGCAAAGGGUAAAUUAUGAAGAUAUUUUGAAAGAUGCCAAAAAAUCUGAUGAAGACACUUCAAAAUCGCUUGAUGAUAUAAAACAGCAAGAACUUGAUGACAGGGAAGAGCAAGAAAUUGUACGGGAAAUAGAAGCCGUUUUUAAUAGAGACAGUGAAGCUGAGGAAAGAAUUGAGUUUGUAGGCCGCUCAGAUAUAGAAAAAAUUACUUGUUUAAUUGAUGAUACAAAAACUGAGACGACUGCCGACGGAGAAUUUGAAGAGGAGUAUUUAAUUAUAGAAAAAGAAGAAGUGGACCAGUUCACUGAAGAUUCAAUUGUGGAACGAGAUAGUAACCAGGAUCAUGACCAAGAAGAUGAGUUACGAAAACAUGUUAAAGACAAAGAAGAAUCUGAAAAAAAGAAAGAUGACACAGUACUCGAAAAAGUUAGAAUGGAGCAAUUCAAAUCUAAACUUGAUAAAGAAGCCUACGAAACUGAAACAAAACAAUUAGAAUCUAAAGAACAUUCAGUAAGUGUUGAAGAAAAACAAGAUAUUAGCAGUGAAAAGAAAACAUCAGAUAGUAAAAGUGGUAUUACUAAACCUAAAGACUCUUUUGAGCUAAAUAUUGUACAAGAAUCACAGCCCGACGAAAAAAUAUCUACAACUAUUGAAUCUGGUGCCACUACUGCCCCAACAUUACCCGAAGAUGAACGUAUUACGCUUGAUGAUAUUAAAGAAGACCAACAAAUUGAAGAAAAGCAUGUUCAAGAGGAAACCAAAGAAAUAAUAACACAGCAAACUGUAAAUGAUUUUAAAAAACCUACAUCAAUAGAAAAAAGCACUAAACUUGAAUCUGUACCAGCACCUAUAAGAGAAAUUGUAAAAACACCCGAUGAAGUCGCCGAUCUUCCUCUUCACGAAGUUGUAGAUUACAGAACAUAUGAAGAGAAGAAAACGCCUAUUGAUGAUGAUAUGUUCAAACGCAAACCAGAUGUUGGUUUUGUACAUGAAAUAAAAGUACCUAAGGAUUUACCACUGCGAGAUGAAAAUAAAGUAGGUAAUUUGAAAGAAUCAAAAGAAAUUCAGGAUGAUGUAAUCCAUAAAACAGUACAACGUGCAUCUCAUGCAGAACUAGUUACUGUCACUCCAGGUUCUGCACCAGAAUCACCCAUGUACCACGAUCAAAUAAAAAUUGCAUCAAUACCAACAAAAGAUUUAGAACCAGUAAAAGAAUAUGAAAGUAGUGGAUAUAACUAUGGACAAUAUACAGAGAAAUUGAGAGAAACUCACAUAACUACUAUUGAUUCACCAAUAAAAGAUGAAAUCGUUAUCAUUGACGAAAAUCUUUGUAUGCCAGAAAAAAUACCUUCAAUACCUGAAGAUGUUGAAAAAGAAAUAGAAGAAGCCCGUAAAAUAGAAAUGAUUGCAAAGCCACCAAUUAGUCCAAAAGAUAUUGAAAAAAUUGUUGCAAAUGUAGCUGAAGUGUUAAAAUCAGAAAAAAGUUUAGAUGAAAUAAUAGCAGAAAAGUCACCAACAAUUCGAAAAUCACCAGAAGGUUUUUCAGGAGCUGAUGCUACAAUGACAAGUAAUAUAGAAGCAACAAAAUUGUUUUUAAUUGAUGAAAAAGAAGCAAGGCAAACUGAUAUGCUUAAAGCCGGUAGUCAAAAAGAAAAUUAUGUAAGUGAUAACAUUCUGGACAGCAAAAUUGAAUUGAAUAAUAUCCACAAAGAAGCUUCUCCAGUAAGGUCUAUUACAUCAGAAGAUAUAAGUGAGCCUUCAGACCGAACCGUAUUGAGUGAAGGAAAAAGACCAAAACGAGAAAAUUUUGAUGAAAAACAAGAAAAAGGUAACAAAAUCAAAGACGAAGUUGAUUCAAUUAUAUUAAAGAGCAUUGAUGUAAAGCAAGAAAUAGAAUUAAAUGAUCAUAAUUUAGAUAAAUCAGACAUCGAAUACGUGAACGAUGAAAAUAAAUCCGACAAGAAGUUAAGUUUGACAUUAGACUCAGCAAAAACAUUGGAAAAAUUGGAAGAAAAAAUAGCUGACUUAAAAAGGAAAGAAGUAACAGACAUAGUUUCAACAGAAUCUUUGGCGAUCAAGUUGGAAGAAAAAGUAUUUCCUUCUACAUUCACCAUCGACAUAGAUGAAUCUCAACCUGAAGCUGAUCUCGACAAAGUUCUUCCUAAAGAACCUAGUAAAGAGACAUUAGCUGAUAUUAGAGACAGUGACAGAGAUAUCAUAAGUAUUAAACAACCGGACUUAUAUUUCUCUUCUAAACUAACCACAGACAAAACUAGUCAAGUUCAAGAUUCUGAUGAAAAAUUAAAAAUGAAAUGUGAUGACGACGCAGAAUCUGAAAAUAAGGCAAUAUUCACUGAUACUGAUAAAAUCUCUGCAAAGGAAGGAAAACUGCAAUUCAUGCCAGAAAAAGACAAAGACGAGCAAACGAACAUAGAUAAAUUAAAUGAAAACACUAUCGUUACUGAUAAGGAAAUAAAAAACCUUGAGUCAGAUAUAUUACCAUCUUCUGUACAAGCAUUAAGUUCAGAAUCACUUGACUAUUCUAAUAAACUAAUUUCUGACAAACUUGAUCAAACGCAAGUAAGUUUAGAAAAAUAUAUGUUUAUAAAUGAAAACGGAGAAAAGAAUACACAAAUUAAUAUCGAUGGUGAAAUUAAAAAAAUAUGCGACAGUAUUAUAUUAGUGCAAAAAGAAGAUAUAAAAGAAUUAACAGGAUUUACAAUUUAUAGCAAACCAAUAGAAUUCAUAUCGAAGAAAAUCGAAAAACUAACAAUAGAAAAUAUAAUAAUCACGCGAACAAUUGUAACUAAAACUAUCAAAAUAGUAUAUGCGAACAAACACGGUAAACCUGAAAAAGUAAAAACAUUAACAAUCAUCGCUACCAGUGAUGAUGAUACACUCAGUGAACCAAAAACUAAUAUUGAGCAACAUGUUGAAGUAUCUGAUAUAAGUGAGGAUAUUGCAUUGUUAGACGAAAUAGAGCCCAUUUCCAGUAGUGCCUUUACUAAUAUGAAUUUAAAACCUGAAAAAUUAAAAGAUCACACACAGAACGAAUCAAUUAAAGAGACAGAGAAAGAACUAAAGUCAGAAACAGUUUUAGCUCCAGAAGUAGAAAAAUCUAAGGAGCCAAGCCCAGAGAAAGACGCUUUGGCGCCAGUGCUAGAUAAAUCUAAGGAUCCUAGCCCAGAGAAAGAUGCUUUAGCAUCAGUGCUAGACAAAUCUAAGGAGCCUAGAUCAAAGAAAGACGCGUUGUUAUCAGUGCUAGACAAAUCGAAGGAGUCUAGCCCAGAGAAAGAAUUGGCACCAGUGCUAGACAAAGGUAAGGAGCCUAUUCCAGAGAAAGAAGCUUUGGCACCAGUGGUAGACAAAUCUAAGGAGCCUAGCCCAGAAAAAGACGCUUUGGCGCCAGUGCUAGACAAAUCUAAGGAGCCUAGCCCAGAGAAAGAUUCUUUGACACCAGUGUUAGACAAAUCUAAGGAGCCUAGCCCACUGAAAGACCCUUUGGCGCCAGUGCUAGACAAAUCCAAGGAGCCUAGCUCUGAGAAAGACGCUUUGGCAUCAGUGCUAGACAAAUCUAAGGAGCCUAGCCCAGAGAAAGACGCUUUGGCACGAGUGCUAGACGAAUAUAAGGAGCCAAGCCCAGAGAAAGACGCUUUAGCACCAGUGCUAGACAAAUCUAAGGAGCCUAGUCCAGAGAUAGAAUUGGCACCAGUGCUAGACAAAUCUAAGGAGCCUAGCCCAGAGAAAGACGCUUUGGCACCAGUGCUAGACAAAUCUAAGGAGCCUAGUCCAGAGAAAGAAUUGGCACAAGUACUAGACAAAUCUAAGGAGCGUAGCCCAGAGAAAGACGCUUUGGCACCAGUACUAGACAAAUCUAAGCAGCCUAGCCCAGAGAAAGACGCGUUGUCAUCAGUGCUAGACAAAUCAAGGGAGCCUAGCCCAGAGAAAGACGCUUCAGCACCAGUGUUGGAUAAAUCAAGGGAGACUAGCCCAGAGAAAGACGCUUUGGCACCAGUGCUAGACAAAUCAAAGGAGCCUAGCCCAGAAAAAGACGCGUUGUCAUCAGUACUAGACAUAUCUAAGGAACCUAGCCCAGAGAAAGACGUUUUGGCAACAGUGCUGGACAAAUCAAGGGAGACCAGCCCAGAGAAACACGCUUUGGCAUCAGUGCUAGACAAAUCUAAGGAGUCUAGCCCAGAAAAAGACGCUGUGGCACCAGUGCUAGACAAAUCUAAGGAGUCUAGCCCAGAGAAAGACGCUGUGGCACCAGUGCUAGACAAAUCUAAGGAGCCUAGUCCAGAGAAAAAAUUGGCACCAGUGCUAGACAAAUCUAAGAAGCCUAGCCCAGAGAAAGAAUUGGCACCAGUACUAGACAAAUCUAAGGAGCCUAGCCCAGAGAAAGACGCUUUGGCACCAGUACUAGACAAAUCUAAGCAGCUUAGCCCAGAGAAAGACGCGUUGUCAUCAGUGCUAGACAAAUCAAGGGAGCCUAGCCCAGAGAAAGACGCGUUGUCAUUAGUGCUAGACAAAUCUAAGGAACCUAGCCCAGAGAAAAACGUUUUGGCAACACAGCUGGACAAAUCAAGGGAGACUAGCCCAGAGAAACACGUUUUGUCACCAGUGCUAGACAAAUCUAAGGAGCCUAGCCCAGAAAAAGACGCUUUAGCACCAGUGCUAGACAAAUCAAAGGAGCCUAGCCCAGAAAAAGACGCGUUGUCAUCAGUGCUACACAAAUCGAAGGAGCCUAGCCCAGAUAAAGAAUUGGCACCAGUGCUAGACAAAGGUAAGGAGCCUAUCCCAGAGAAAGAAGCUUUGGCACCAGUGCUAGACAAAUCAAAGGAGCCUAGCCCAGAAAAAGACGCGUUGUCAUCAGUGCUACACAAAUCGAAGGAGCCUAGCCCAGAUAAAGAAUUGGCACCAGUGCUAGACAAAGGUAAGGAGCCUAUCCCAGAGAAAGAAGCUUUGGCACCAGUACUAGACAAAUCUAAGGAGCCUAGCCCAGAAAAAGACGCUUUGGCGCCAGUGCUAGACAAAUCUAAGGAAUCUAGCCCAGAGAAAGACGCUGUGGGACCAGUGCUAGACAAAUCAAAGGAGCCUAGCCCAGAGAAAGACGCUUUAGCACCAGUGCUAGACAAAUCUAAGAAGCCUAGUCCAGAGAUAGAAUUGUCACCAGUGCUAGACAAAUCGAAGGAGCCUAGCCCAGAGAAAGAAUUGGCACCAGUGCUAGACAAAGCUAAGGAGCCUAGCCCAGAGAAAGACGCUGUGGGACCAGUGCUAGACAAAUCUAAGGAGCCUAGCCCAGAGAAAGACGCUUUAGCACCAGUGCUAGACAAAUCUAAGAAGCCUAGUCCAGAGAUAGAAUUGUCACCAGUGCUAGACAAAUCGAAGGAGCCUAGCCCAGAGAAAGAAUUGGCACCAGUGCUAGACAAAGCUAAGGAGCCUAGCCCAGAGAAAGACGCUUUAGCACCAGUGCUAGACAAAACUAAGGAGCCUAGCCCAGAGAAAGACGCUUUAGCACCAGUGCUAGACAAAACUAAGGAGCCUAUCCCAGAGAAAGACGCUUUAGCACCAGUGCUAGACAAAUCUAAGGAACCUAGCCCAGAAAAAGACGCUUUGGCGCCAGUCCUAGACAAAUCUAAGGAGCCUAGUCCAGAGAUAGAAUUGGCACCAGUGCUAGACAAAUCUAAGGAGCCUAGUCCAGAGAAAGAAUUGGCACCAGUGCUAAACAAAGGUAAGGAGCCUAUCCCAGAGAAAGAAGCUUUGGCACCAGUGCUAGACAAAUCUAAGGAGCCUAGCCCAGAAAAAGACGCUUUGGCGCCAGUGCUAGACAAAUCUAAGGAGCCUAGCCCAGAAAAAGACGCUUUGGCGCCAGUGCUAGACAAAUCUAAGGAAUCUAGCCCAGAGAAAGACGCUUUAACACCAGUGUUGGACAAAUCAAGGGAGACUAGCCCAAAGAAAGACUCUUUGGCACCGGUACUAGACAGAUCUAAGGAGCUUAGCCCAGAAAAAGAAUUGGCACCAGUGCUAGACAAAGCUAAGGAGCCUAGCCCAGAGAAAGAAUUGGCACCAGUGCUAGACAAAGGUAAGGAGCCUAUCCCAGAGAAAGAAGCUUUGGCACCAGUGCUAGACAAAUCUAAGGAGCCUAGCCCAGAAAAAGACGCUUUGGCGACAGUGCUAGACAAAUCUAAGGAAUCUAGCCCAGAGAAAGACGCUGUGGGACCAGUGCUAGACAAAUCUAAGGAGCGUAGUCCAGAGAAAGAAUUGGCACCAGUGCUAGACAAAUCUAAGGAGCCUAGUCCAGAGAUAGAAUUGGCACCAGUGCUAGACAAAUCUAAGGAGCCUAGUCCAGAGAAAGACGCUUUGACACCGGUACUAGACAAAUCUAAGGAGCCUAGCCCAGAGAAAGACGCUUUGGCACCAGUGCUAGACAAAUCAAAGGAGCCUAGCCCAGAAAAAGACGCGUUGUCAUCAGUGCUAGACAAAUCGAAGGAGCCUAGCCCAGAGAAAGAAUUGGCACCAGUGCUAGACAAAGGUAAGGAGCCUAUCCCAGAGAAAGAAACUUUGGCACCAGUGCUAGACAAAUCUAAGGAACCUAGCCCAGAAAAAGACGCUUUAGCGCCAGUCCUAGACAAAUCUAAGGAGCCAAGUCCAGAGAUAGAAUUGGCACCAGUGCUAGACAAAUCGAAGGAGCCUAGCCCAGAGAAAGAAUUGGCACCAGUGCUAGACAAAGCUAAGGAGCCUAGCCCAGAGAAAGACGCUUUAACACCAGUGCUAGACAAAACUAAGGAGCCUAGCCCAGAGAAAGACGCUUUAGCACCAGUGCUAGACAAAUCUAAGGAACCUAGCCCAGAAAAAGACGCUUUGGCGCCGGUCCUAGACAAAUCUAAGGAGCCUAGCCCAGAAAAAGAAUUGGCACCAGUGCUAGACAAAUCUAAGGAGCCUAGUCCAGAGAUAGAAUUGGCACCAGUGCUAGACAAAUCGAAGGAGCCUAGCCCAGAGAAAGAAUUGGCACCAGUGCUAGACAAAACUAAGGAGCCUAGCCCAGAGAAAGACGCUUUAGCACCAGUGCUAGACAAAUCUAAGGAACCUAGCCCAGAAAAAGACGCUUUGGCGCCAGUCCUAGACAAAUCUAAGGAGCCUAGUCCAGAGAUAGAAUUGGCACCAGUGCUAGACAAAUCGAAGGAGCCUAGCCCAGAGAAAGAAUUGGCACCAGUGCUAGACAAAACUAAGGAGCCUAGCCCAGAGAAAGACGCUUUAGCACCAGUGCUAGACAAAUCUAAGGAACCUAGCCCAGAAAAAGACGCUUUGGCGCCAGUCCUAGACAAAUCUAAGGAGCCUAGCCCAGAAAAAGACGCUUUGGCGCCAGUGCUAGACAAAUCUAAGGAGCCUAGCCCAGAAAAAGACGCUUUGGCGCCAGUGCUAGACAAAUCUAAGGAAUCUAGCCCAGAGAAAGACGCUUUAACACCAGUGUUGGACAAAUCAAGGGAGACUAGCCCAAAGAAAGACUCUUUGGCACCGGUACUAGACAGAUCUAAGGAGCUUAGCCCAGAAAAAGAAUUGGCACCAGUGCUAGACAAAGCUAAGGAGCCUAGCCCAGAGAAAGAAGCUUUAGCGCCAGUCCUAGACAAAUCUAAGGAGCCUAGUCCAGAGAUAGAAUUGGCACCAGUGCUAGACAAAUCUAAGGAGCCUAGUCCAGAGAAAGACGCUUUGACACCGGUACUAGACAAAUCUAAGGAGCCUAGCCCAGAGAAAGACGCUUUGGCACCAGUGCUAGACAAAUCAAAGGAGCCUAGCCCAGAAAAAGACGCGUUGUCAUCAGUGCUAGACAAAUCGAAGGAGCCUAGCCCAGAGAAAGAAUUGGCACCAGUGCUAGACAAAGGUAAGGAGCCUAUCCCAGAGAAAGAAACUUUGGCACCAGUGCUAGACAAAUCUAAGGAACCUAGCCCAGAAAAAGUCGCUUUAGCGCCAGUCCUAGACAAAUCUAAGGAGCCUAGUGCAGAGAAAGAAUUGGUGCCAGUGCUAGACAAAUCUAAGGAGCUUAGCCCAGAAAAAGAAUUGGCACCAGUGCUAGGCAAAUCUAAGGAGCAUAGCCCAGAGAAAGAAUUGGCACCAGUGCUAGACAAAGCUAAGGAGCCUAGCCCAGAGAAAGAAUUGGCUCCAGUGCUAGACAAAGGUAAGGAGCCUAUCCCAGAGAAAGAAGCUUUGGCACCAGUGCUAGACAAAUCUAAGGAGCCUAGCCCAGAAAAAGACGCUUUGGCGCCAGUGCUAGACAAAUCUAAGGAGCCUAGCCCAGAAAAAGACGCUUUGGCGCCAGUGCUAGACAAAUCUAAGGAAUCUAGCCCAGAGAAAGACGCUUUAACACCAGUGUUGGACAAAUCAAGGGAGACUAGCCCAAAGAAAGACUCUUUGGCACCGGUACUAGACAGAUCUAAGGAGCUUAGCCCAGAAAAAGAAUUGGCACCAGUGCUAGACAAAGCUAAGGAGCCUAGCCCAGAGAAAGAAGCUUUAGCGCCAGUCCUAGACAAAUCUAAGGAGCCUAGUCCAGAGAUAGAAUUGGCACCAGUGCUAGACAAAUCUAAGGAGCCUAGUCCAGAGAAAGACGCUUUGACACCGGUACUAGACAAAUCUAAGGAGCCUAGCCCAGAGAAAGACGCUUUGGCACCAGUGCUAGACAAAUCAAAGGAGCCUAGCCCAGAAAAAGACGCGUUGUCAUCAGUGCUAGACAAAUCGAAGGAGCCUAGCCCAGAGAAAGAAUUGGCACCAGUGCUAGACAAAGGUAAGGAGCCUAUCCCAGAGAAAGAAACUUUGGCACCAGUGCUAGACAAAUCUAAGGAACCUAGCCCAGAAAAAGUCGCUUUAGCGCCAGUCCUAGACAAAUCUAAGGAGCCUAGUGCAGAGAAAGAAUUGGUGCCAGUGCUAGACAAAUCUAAGGAGCCUAGCCCAGAAAAAGAAUUGGCACCAGUGCUAGACAAAUAUAAGGAGCCUAGCCCAGAAAAAGACGCUUUGGCGCCAGUGCUAGACAAAUCUAAGGAAUCUAGCCCAGAGAAAGACGCUGUGGGACCAGUGCUAGACAAAACUAAGGAGCGUAGUCCGGAGAAAGAAUUGGCACCAGUGCUAGACAAAUCUAAGGAGCCUAGCCCAGAAAAAGAAUUGGCACCAGUGCUAGACAAAUCUAAGGAGCCUAGUCCAGAGAUAGAAUUGGCACCAGUGCUAGACAAAUCUAAGGAGCCUAGUCCAGAGAAAGACGCUUUGACACCGGUACUAGACAAAUCUAAGGAGCCUAGCCCAGAGAAAGACGCUUUAGCACCAGUGCUAGACAAAUCUAAGAAGCUUAGUUCAGAGAUAGAAUUGGCACCAGUGCUAGACAAAUCGAAGGAACCUAGCCCAGAGAAAGAAUUGGCACCAGUGCUAGACAAACAUAAGGAGCAUAGUCCAGAGAAAGACGCUUUAACACCAGUGCUAGACAAAUCAAAGGAGCCUAGCCCAGAGAAAGACGCUUUAGCACCAGUGCUAGACAAAUCAAGGGAGCCUAGCCCAGAGAAAGACGCUUUAACACCAGUGCUAGACAAAUGUAAGGAGCAUAGUCCAGAGAAAGACGCUUUAGCACCAGUGUUGGACAAAUCUAAGGAAUCUAGCCCAGAGAAAGACGCUUUGGCGCCAGUGCUAGACAAAUCUAAGGAGCCUAGCCCAGAAAAAGACGCUUUGGCGCCAGUGCUAGACAAAUCUAAGGAGCCUAGCCCAGAAAAAGACGCUUUGGCGCCAGUCCUAGACAAAUCUAAGGAAUCUAGCCCAGAGAAAGACGCUGUGGGACCAGUGUUAGACAAAUCUAAGGAGCGUAGUCCGGAGAAAGAAUUGGCACCAGUGCUAGACAAAUCUAAGGAGCCUAGCCCAGAAAAAGAAUUGGCACCAGUGCUAGACAAAUCUAAGGAGCCUAGUCCAGAGAUAGAAUUGGCACCAGUGCUAGACAAAUCGAAGGAGCCUAGCCCAGAGAAAGAAUUGGCACCAGUGCUAGACAAAACUAAGGAGCCUAGCCCAGAGAAAGACGCUUUAGCACCAGUGCUAGACAAAUCUAAGGAACCUAGCCCAGAAAAAGACGCUUUGGCGCCAGUCCUAGACAAAUCUAAGGAGCCUAGUCCAGAGAUACAAUUGGCACCAGUGCUAGACAAAUCUAAGGAGCAUAGUCCAGAGAAAGACGCGUUGUCAUCAGUGCUAGACAAAUCGAAGGAGCCUAGCCCAAAGAAAGAAUUGGCACCAGUGCUAGACAAAUCUAAGGAGCCUAGCCCAAAGAAAGAAUUGGCACCAGUGCUAGACAAAGGUAAGGAGCCUAUCCCAGAGAAAGAAACUUUGGCACCAGUGCUAGACAAAUCUAAGGAACCUAGCCCAGAAAAAGACGCUUUAGCGCCAGUCUUAGACAAAUCUAAGGAGCCUAGUCCAGAGAUAGAAUUGGCACCAGUGCUAGACAAAUCUAAGGAGCUUAGUCCAGAGAAAGACGCUUUAACGCCAGUGUUGGACAAAUCAAGGGAGACUAGCCCAAAGAAAGACUCUGUGGCACCGGUACUAGACAGAUCUAAGGUGCCUAUUACAGAGAAAGAAUUGGUGCCAGUGCUAGACAUAUCGAAGGAGCCUAGCCCAGAGAAAGAAUUGGCACCAGUGCUAGACAAAACUAAGGAGCCUAGCCCAGAGAAAGACGCUUUAGCACCAGUGCUAGACAAAUCUAAGGAACCUAGCCCAGAAAAAGACGCUUUGGCGCCAGUCCUAGACAAAUCUAAGGAGCCUAGUCCAGAGGUAGAAUUGGCACCAGUGCUAGACAAAUCUAAGGAGCAUAGUCCAGAGAAAGAAUUGGCACCAGUGCUAGACAAAGCUAAGGAGCCUAGCCCAGAGAAAGAGUUGGCACCAGUGCUAGACAAAGGUAAGGAGCCUAUCCCAGAGAAAGAAGCUUUGGCACCAGUGCUAGACAAAUCUAAGGAGCCUAGCCCAGGAAAAGACGCUUUGGCGCCAGUGCUAGACAAAUCUAAGGAGCCUAGCCCAGAAAAAGAAUUGGCACCAGUGCUAGACAAAUCUAAGGAGCGUAGCCCAGAGAAAGAAUUGGCACCAGUGCUAGACAAAACUAAGGAGCCUAGCCCAGAGAAAGACGCUUUAGCACCAGUGCUAGAUAAAUCUAAGGAACCUAGCCCAGAAAAAGACGCUUUGACGCCAGUCCUAGACAAAUCUAAGGAGCCUAGUCCAGAGGUAGAAUUGGCACCAGUGCUAGACAAAUCGAAGGAGCCUAGCCCAAAGAAAGAAUUGGCACCAGUGCUAGACAAAGGUAAGGAGCCUAUCCCAGAGAAAGAAACUUUGGCACCAGUGCUAGACAAAUCUAAGGAACCUAGCCCAGAAAAAGACGCUUUAGCGCCAGUCUUAGACAAAUCUAUGGAGCCUAGUCCAGAGAUAGAAUUGGCACCAGUGCUAGACAAAUCUAAGGAGCUUAGUCCAGAGAAAGACGCUUUAACGCCAGUGUUGGACAAAUCAAGGGAGACUAGCCCAAAGAAAGACUCUGUGGCACCGGUACUAGACAGAUCUAAGGAGCCUAGUGCAGAGAAAGAAUUGGUGCCAGUGCUAGACAAAUCGAAGGAGCCUAGUCCAGAGAAAGAAUUGGCACCAGUGCUAGACAAAACUAAGGAGCCUAGCCCAGAGAAAGACGCUUUAGCACCAGUGCUAGACAAAUCUAAGGAACCUAGCCCAGAAAAAGACGCUUUGGCGCCAGUCCUAGACAAAUCUAAGGAGCAUAGCCCAGAGAAAGAAUUGGCACCAGUGCUAGACAAAGCUAAGGAGCCUAGCCCAGAGAAAGAGUUGGCACCAGUGCUAGACAAAGGUAAGGAGCCUAUCCCAGAGAAAGAAGCUUUGGCACCAGUGCUAGACAAAUCUAAGGAGCCUAGCCCAGGAAAAGACGCUUUGGCGCCAGUGCUAGACAAAUCUAAGGAGCCUAGCCCAGAAAAAGACGCUUUGGCGCCAGUGCUAGACAAAUCUAAGGAAUCUAGCCCAGAGAAAGACGCUGUGGGACCAGUGCUAGACAAAUAUAAGGAGCGUAGUCCAGAGAAAGAAUUGGCACCAGUGCUAGACAAAUCUAAGGAGCCUAGUCCAGAGAUAGAAUUGGCACCAGUGCUAGACAAAUCUAAGGAGCCUAGUCCAGAGAAAGACGCUUUGACACCGGUACUAGACAAAUCUAAGGAGCCUAGCCCAGAGAAAGACGCUUUGGCACCAGUGCUAGACAAAUCAAAGGAGCCUAGCCCAGAAAAAGACGCGUUGUCAUCAGUGCUAGACAAAUCGAAGGAGCCUAGCCCAGAGAAAGAAUUGACACCAGUGCUAGACAAAGGUAAGGAGCCUAUCCCAGAGAAAGAAACUUUGGCACCAGUGCUAGACAAAUCUAAGGAACCUAGCCCAGAAAAAGACGCUUUAGCGCCAGUCUUAGACAAAUCUAAGGAGCCUAGUCCAGAGAUAGAAUUGGCACCAGUGCUAGACAAAUCUAAGGAGCUUAGUCCAGAGAAAGACGCUUUAACACCAGUGUUGGACAAAUCAAGGAAGACUAGCCCAAAGAAAGACUCUGUGGCACCGGUAUUAGACAGAUCUAAGGAGCCUAGUGCAGAGAAAGAAUUGGUGCCAGUGCUAGACAAAUCUAAGGAGCCUAGCCCAGAAAAAGAAUUGGCACCAGUGCUAGGAAAAUCUAAGGAGCAUAGCCCAGAGAAAGAAUUGGCACCAGUGCUAGACAAAUAUAAGGAGCCUAGCCCAGAAAAAGACGCUUUGGCGCCAGUGCUAGACAAAUCUAAGGAAUCUAGCCCAGAGAAAGACGCUGUGGGACCAGUGCUAGACAAAUCUAAGGAGCCUAGUCCAGAGAAAGAAUUGGCACCAGUGCUAGACAAAUCUAAGGAGCCUAGCCCAGAAAAAGAAUUGGCACCAGUGCUAGACAAAUCUAAGGAGCCUAGUCCAGAGAUAGAAUUGGCACCAGUGCUAGACAAAUCUAAGGAGCCUAGUCCAGAGAAAGACGCUUUGACACCGGUACUAGACAAAUCGAAGGAGCCUAGCCCAGAGAAAGAAUUGGCACCAGUGCUAGACAAAACUAAGGAGCCUAGCCCAGAGAAAGAUGCUUUAGCACCAGUGCUAGACAAAUCUAAGGAAACUAGCACAGAAAAAGACGCUUUAGCGCCAGUCCUAGACAAAUCUAAGGAGCCUAGUCCAGAGAUAGAAUUGGCACCAGUGCUAGACAAAUCUAAGGAGCCUAGCCCAGAGAAAGACGCUUUAGCACCAGUGCUAGACAAAUCUAAGGAGCCUAGCCCAGAAAAAGACGCGUCGUCAUCAGUGCUAGACAAAUCGAAGGAGCCUAGCCCAGAGAAAAAAUUGGCACCAGUGCUAGACAAAGCUAAGGAGCCUAUCCCAGAGAAAGAAACUUUGGCACCAGUGCUAGACGAAUCUAAGGAGCCUAGCCCAGAGAAAGAAGCUUUGGCUCCAGUGCUAGACAAAUCUAAGGAGCCUAGCCCAGAAAAAGACGGUUUAGCAACUGUAGUAGACAAAUCUAAGGAGAGUAGCCCAGAAAAAGACGUUUUAUCAACUGUAGUAGACAAAUCUAAGCAGAGUAGCCCAGAAAAAGACGUUUUAGCAAUUGUAGUAGACACAUCAAAGGAUCCUAGCCCAGAAAAAGACGAUUUUUCAACUGUAGUAGACAAAUCUAAGGAGCCUAGCCCAGAAAAAGACGUUAUAGCAAAUAUAGUAGACAAAUCUAAGGAGCCUAGCCGAGAGAAAGAUGCUUUGGCACCUGUGCUAGACAAAUCUAAGGAGGCUAGCCCAGAGAAAGACGCUUUGGUACCAGUGCUAGGCAAAUCUAAGGAGCCUAGCCCAGAAAAAGAAUUGGCACCAGUGCUUGACAAAUCUAAGGAGUCUAGCCCAGAAAAAGACGGUUUUGCAACUGUAGUAGACAAAUCUAAGGAUCCUAGCCGAGAGAAAGACGCUUUGUCACCUGUGCUAGACAAAUCUAAGGAUCCUAGCCGAGAGAAAGACGCUUUGUCACCUGUGCUAGACAAAUCUAAGGAGCCUAGCCCAGAGAAAGACGCUUUGGCACCAGUGCUAGGCAAAUCUAAGGAGCCGAGCCCAGAAAAAGAAUUGGCACCAGUGCUAGACAAAUCUAAGGAGUCUAGCCCAGAAAAAGACGGUUUUGCAACUGUAGUAGACAAAUCUAAGGAUCCUAGCCGAGAGAAAGACGCUUUGUCACCUGUGCUAGACAAAUCUAAGGAGCCUAGCCCAGAGAAAGACGCUUUGGCACCAGUGCUAGGCAAAUCUAAGGAGCCGAGCCCAGAAAAAGAAUUGGCACCAGUGCUAGACAAAUCUAAGGAGCCUAGCCCAGAGAAACACGCUUUGGCACCAGUGCUAGACAAAUCUAAGAAGCCUAGUCCAGAUAAAGAAUUGGCACCAGUGCUAGACAAAUCUAAGGAGCCUAGUCCAGAUAAAGAAUUGGCACCAGAGCUAGACAAAUCAAAGGAGCCUAGCCCAGAGAAAGAAGCUUUGGCGCCAGUGCCAGACAAGUCUAAAGAGGCUAGCCCAGAGACAGAAGCUUUGGCACCAGUGCUAGACAAGUCUAAAGAGGCUAGCCCAGAGAAAGAAGCUUUGGCAACAGUGCUAGACAAAUCUAAGCAGCCUAGCCCAGAAAAAGACGGUUUAACAACUGUAAUAGACAAGUCUAAGGAGCCUAGCCCAGAGAAAGACACUUUGGCACCAUUGCUAGACGAAUCUAAGGAGCCUAGCCCAGAAAAAGACGCUUUGGCACCAGUACUAGACAAAACAAAGGAGCCUAGCCCAGAAAAAGACGUGUUGUCAUCAGUGCUAGACAAAUCGAAGGAGCCUAGCCCAGAGAAAAAAUUGGCACCAGUGCUAGACAAAGGUAAGGAGCCUAUCCCAGAGAAAGAAGCUUUGGCACCAGUGCUAGACAAAUCUAAGGAGCCUAGUCCAGAUAAAGAAUUGGCACCAGUGCUAGACAAAACUAAGGAGCCUAGCCCAGAAAAAGACGGUUUAACAACUGUAAUAGACAAAUCUAAGGAGCCUAGUCCAGAUAAAGAAUUAGCACAUGUGCUAGACAAAUCUAAGGAGCCUAGCCCAGAGAAAGAAGCUUUGGCGCCAGUGCUAGACAAAUCCAAGGAGCUUAGCCCAGAGAAAGACACUUUAGCACCAGUGCUAGACAAAUCUAAGGAAUCUAGCCCAGAGAAAGACGCUGUGGGACCAGUGCUAGACAAAUCUAAGGAGCGUAGUCCAGAGAAAGAAUUGGCACCAGUGCUAGACAAAGGUAAGGAGCCUAUCCCAGAGAAAGAAGCUUUGGCACCAGUGCUAGACAAAUCUAAGGAGCCUAGCCCAGAAAAAGACGCUUUGGCGCCAGUGCUAGACAAAUCUAAGGAGCCUAGCCCAGAAAAAGACGCUUUGGCGCCAGUGCUAGAAAAAUCUAAGGAAUCUAGCCCAGAGAAAGACGCUGUGGGACCAGUGCUAGACAAAACUAAGGAGCCUAGCCCAGAGAAAGACGCUUUAACACCAGUGUUGGACAAAUCAAGGGAGACUAGCCCAAAGAAAGACUCUUUGGCACCGGUACUAGACAAAUCUAAGGAGCCUAGCCCAGAAAAAGAAUUGGCACCAGUGCUAGACAAAGCUAAGGAGCCUAGCCCAGAGAAAGAAUUGGCACCAGUGCUAGACAAAGGUAAGGAGCCUAUCCCAGAGAAAGUAGCUUUGGCACCAGUGCUAGACAAAUCUAAGGAGCCUAGCCCAGAAAAAGACGCUUUGGCACCAGUGCUAGACAAAUCUAAGGAGCGUAGUCCACAGAAAGAAUUGGCACCAGUGCUAGACAAAUCUAAGGAGCCUAGUCCAGAGAAAGAAUUGGCACCAGUUCUAGACAAAACUAAGGAGCCUAUCCCAGAGAAAGAAUUGUCACCAGUGAAAGACAAAUCUAAGGAGCCUAGCGCAGAGAAAGAAUUGGCGCCAGUGCUAGACAAAUCUCAAGAGCCUAGACCAGAAAAAGACGCUUUGGCGUCAGUGCUAGACAAAUUUAAGAAGCCUAGCCAAGAGAAAGAAGAUUUGGCGCCAAUGCUAGAUAAAUCUAAGGAGCCUAGCCCAGAGAAAGAAUUGGCACCAGUGCUAGACAAAGGUAAGGAGCCUAUCCCAGAGAAAGUAGCUUUGGCACCAGUGCUAGACAAAUCUAAGGAGCCUAGCCCAGAAAAAGACGUUUUAGCAACUGUUGUAGACAAAUCUAAGGAGCCUAGCCCAGAGAAAGAAUUGGCACCAGAGCCAGACAAAUCUAAGGAGCCUAGCCCAGAGAAAGAAGCUUUGGCACCAGUGCUAGACAAAUCUAAGGAGCCUAGUCCAGAGAAAGAAUUGGCACCAGUGCUAGACAAAUCUAUGGAGCAUAGCCCAGAAAAAGAAUUGACACCAGUGCUAGACAAAUCUAAGGAGCCUGACCCAGAAAAAGAAUCGGCACCAGUACCAGACAAAUCUAAGGAGCAUAGCCCAGAGAAAGAAGCUUUGGCGCCAGUGCUAGACAAAUCUAUGGAGCCUAGCACAGACAAAGACGUUUUGGCACCAGUGCUAGACAAAUCUAAGGAGCCUAGCCCAGAGAAAGAAACUUUGGCACCAGUGCUAGACAAAUCUAAGGAGCCUAGUCCAGAGAAAGAAUUGGCAUCAGUGCUAGACAAAGCUAAGGAGCCUAGCCCAGAGAAACUCGGUUUGGCACCAGUGCUAGACGAGCUUAGCCCGGAGAAAGACGCUUUGGCACCAGUGCUAGAUAAAUCUAAGGAGCCUAGCUCAGAGAAACACGCUUUGGCACCAGUGCUAGACAAAUCUAAGGAGCCUAGCCCAGAAAAAGACGUUUUAGCAACUGUUGUAGACAAAUCUAAGGAGCCUAGCCCAGAGAAAGAAUUGGCACCAGAGCCAGACAAAUCUAAGGAGCCUAGCCCAGAGAAAGAAGCUUUAGCACCAGUGCUAGACAAAUCUAAGGAGCCUAGCUCAGAGAAACACGCAUUGGCACCAGUGCUAGACAAAUCUAAGGAGCCUAGCCCAGAAAAAGACGUUUUAGCAACUGUUGUAGACAAAUCUAAGGAGCCUAGCCCAGAGAAAGAAUUGGCACCAGGGCCAGACAAAUCUAAGGAGCCUAGCCCAGAGAAAGAAGCUUUGGCACCAGUGCUAGACAAAUCUAAGGAGCCUAGUCCAGAGAAAGAAUUGGCACCAGUGCUAGACAAAUCUAUGGAGCAUAGCCCAGAAAAAGAAUUGACACCAGUGCUAGACAAAUCUAAGGAGCCUGGCCCAGAAAAAGAAUCGGCACCAGUACCAGACAAAUCUAAGGAGCAUAGCCCAGAGAAAGAAGCUCUGGCGCCAGAGCUAGACAAAUCUAAGGAAUCUAGCACAGAGAAGGACGUUUUGUCACCAGUGCUAGGCAAAUCUAAGGAGGCUAGCCCUGAUAAAGAAUUGGCACCAGUGCUAGACAUAUCUAAGGAGCCUAGCCCAGAGAAAGAAUCGGCACCAGUACCAGACAAAUCUAAGGAGCCUAGCCCAGAAAAAGACGCUUUGGCGCCAGUGCUAGACAAAUCUAAGGAAUCUAGCCCAGAGAAAGACGCUAUGGGACCAGUGCUAGACAAAUCUAAGGAGCCUAGUCCAGAGAAAGAAUUGGCACCAGUGCUAGACAAAGCUAAGGAGCCUAGCCCAGAUAAACACGGUUUGGCACCAGUGCUAGACGAGCGUAGCCCGGAGAAAGACGCUUUGGCACCAGUGCUAGAUAAAUCUAAGGAGCCUAGCCUAGAGAAAGAAGCUUUGGCACCAGUACUAGGCAAAUCUAAGGAGCCUAGCCCAGAAAAAGACGUUUUAGCAACUGUUGUAGACAAAUCUAAGGAGCCUAGCCCAGAGAAAGAAUUGGCACCAGAGCCAGACAAAUCUAAGGAGCCUAGCCCAGAGAAAGAAGCUUUGGCACCAGUGCUAGACAAAUCUAAGGAGCCUAGUCCAGAGAAAGAAUUUGCACCAGUGCUAGACAAAUCUAUGGAGCCUAGCGCAGAGAAAGAAACUUUGGCACCAGUGCUAGACAAAUCUAAGGAGCCUAGCCCAGAGAAAGAAUUGGCACCAGUGCCAGACAAAUCUAAGGAGCCUAACCCAGAGAAAGAAGCUUUGGCGCCAGUGCUAGACAAAUCCAAGGAGGCUAUCUCAGAGAAAGAAGCUUUUCCACCAGUGCUAGACAAAUCUAAGGAGGCCAGCCCAGAAAAAGACGCUUUAGCACCAGUGCUAGACAAAUCUAAGGAGCCUAGCCCAGAAAAAGAAUUGGCACCAGUGCUAGACAAAUCUAAGGAGCCUAGCCCAGAGAAAGAAGCUUUGGCGCCAGUGCUAGACAAAUCUAAGGAGGCUAGCCCAGAGAAAGACGCUUUGGCACCAGUUUUAGACAAAUCUAAGGAGCCUAGCCCAGAGAAAGAAGCUUUGGCGCCAGUGCUAGACAAAUCUAAGGAGCCUAGCCCAGAGAAAGAAGCUUUGGCGCCAGUGCUAGACAAAUCCAAGGAGGCUAUCUCAGAGAAAGAAGCUUUUCCACCAGUGCUAGACAAAUCUAAGGAGGCUAGCCCAGAAAAAGACGCUUUAGCACCAGUGCUAGACAAAUCUAAGGAGCCUAGCCCAGAAAAAGAAUUGGCACCAGUGCUAGGAAAAUCUAAGGAGCAUAGCCCAGAGAAAGAAUUGGCACCAGUGCUAGACAAAUAUAAGGAGCCUAGCCCAGAAAAAGACGCUUUGGCGCCAGUGCUAGACAAAUCUAAGGAAUCUAGCCCAGAGAAAGACGCUGUGGGACCAGUGCUAGACAAAUCUAAGGAGCCUAGUCCAGAGAAAGAAUUGGCACCAGUGCUAGACAAAUCUAAGGAGCCUAGCCUAGAAAAAGAAUUGGCACCAGUGCUAGACAAAUCUAAGGAGCCUAGCCCAGAGAAAGAAGCUUUGGCGCCAAUGCUAGACAAAUCUAAGGAGGCUAGCCCAGAGAAAGACGCUUUGGCACCAGUUUUAGACAAAUCCAAGGAGCCUAGCCCAGAGAAAGAAGCUUUGGCGCCAGUGCUAGACAAAUCUAAGGAACCUAGCACAGAGAAAGACCUUUUGGCACCAGUGCUAGACAAAUCUAAGGAGCCUAGCCCAGAGAAAGUAACUUUGGCAUCAGUGCUGUACAAAUCUAAGGAGGCUAGCCCAGAGAAAGACGCGUUGUCAUCAGUGCUAGACAAAUCAAGGGUGCCUAGCCCAGAUAAAGACGCUUUGGCACCAGUGCUAGACAAAUCUAAGGAGUCUAUCCCAGAGAAAGAAGCUUUGGCACAAGUGUUAGACAAAUCUAAGGAGCCUAGCCCAGAUAAAGAAUUGGCACCAGUUCUAGAUAAAUUUAAGGAGCCUAGCCCAGAGAAAGAAGCUUUGGCGCCAGCGCUAGACAAAUCUAAGGAGGCUAGCCCAGAGGAAGAAGCUUUAGCACCAGUGCUAAGUAAAUCUAAGGAGCCUAGCCCAGAUAAAGACGUUUUAGCAACUAUAGUAGACAAAUCUAAGGAGCCUAGCACAGAGGAAGAUGCUUUGCCACCAGUGCUAGACAAAUCUGAGGAGGCUAGCCCAGAAAAAGACGUUUUAGCAACUGUAGUAGACAAAUCUAAGGAGCCUAGCCCAGCUAAAGACGUUUUAGCAACUGUAGUAGACAAAUCUAUGGAGCCUAGCACAGAGAAAGAUGCUUUGGCACCAGUGUUGGAAAAGUCUAUAGAGCUUAGCCCAGAAAAAGUCACUUUGGCAACAGUGCUAGACAUAUCUAAGGUACCCAGCGCAGCGAAAGAGAAUAUUCAGUCAAAUAACGAAACCGAGUCUUUCAAAUUGGAUGACAAAUAUGAUAUUCCUAGUCCUGAAUUAGUCGUUGAUAUUUCUAAAGAAUCUUGUCCUGAUAUGAUUCAUUCUAUGAACAUUGAUAAAUUUAAAAAAAUUAGUUCUGAAACCGUCUUAGACAAUUUGAUGGCAAUCCACUCAGAAAGAGAUAGUACAUCGAUUACCAGUAAUGAAACCAUAGAUACUCCUAAAGAACUCAGUGGUUUGACUAUUUACGGGGAGCCUGAAGAAGACAUUUCAACUAAAACAGAAGAAGUUUUGAAAGAAAAUAUAGUUAUCGUUAGAGUUUGCAUUACCAAAAUAAUCAAAACUAAAUAUGCUGAUAAUACCGGACUUUUGAAAAAAAUAAAAACGGAAACUGUUACAAUCACAACAGAUCAAUAUCCAGAUGGUUCUUCUAGCACUUCUAAGGAAAGCAGUAUUUCUAUUGUAGAUAUAUCAGAUAACGAUAGCUAUGCGAAAUUCCACGAUGAACAAAUCUUUGACAAUAUUCACUCUCAAAAAAAUGGAGAUUCCUUUAGUGACGAUAGUCAAACUGAUUACAAAGAAAAAAUUUCAAAUGUAUCUGAUGAAGAUAAGAUGACUAAAGAUAAGUCACCUUUUCUCCAACAUUCAACGAAGUCUGAUUCUAGUUCAGAAAAAACUAAAGAGAAAUCUAUACAUAAAAUAUCUAAGAGAUCAGUCUCAGGUGAUAAACGUUUCGACGAACAUUUAUCAUCCAAAAGAGAUAGUUUAAGUCAAACAUUGUUACAUGGGAGCAGUUCUGAAGACUUGUCUAAAGAAGUAAGCUUAGAAGAAAAAUACAGUUUUGAAAGUUCUGAAAAAUCAGCAAAACGCAGCUAUAUUGAUUCAAUGCAAUCUAUCAGUAGUCAAACAAUGAGUCGAGAUUCUUCAACAUUAAAACAAAGCAUUAAAUCAGACACAAAGGUAAGAGAUGUUGACUCUCCUAAAGAAGAUUUAUUGUUAUCAGAGACAUCUGACUCUGGAGUGCACAGCAUUCCAAUGGAUAUAGAACAAGAUUCUAUAGAUAAAGCAAUGAUUUCUCAAUUUUUUGAAGGAACUACUGUACAUAGCGCAGCGCACCUCAUUGAAUCCAUUCAUAAAGCUUUUAGCGAAGAAUCGGUCCAACAAGGUAUAAAAACUGAAAGUUUAACUCCACAGCCUGAAUAUGAUCGAGUAUCUACACCUCCUACAGUUCCAGUUAGUCCAUUGCCAAAAACUCCUAGUAGCUUUCAAGAUGUGAAAGUUAGUGAUGGUGUCCAAAGUGAAAUAUCUUAUGAUAAAUCAGAUGGUAGUGAUGAAACUAUAACUAAAGUGGUACAUGUUGGUGAAGAUGUUUUAACUCAAAAAAUAUCUACGUCAACAGAAAAAGUACCCAAAUUAAUGAAAUCGUUGGCUGACGUAGAAAGCUCUGAUCCCGAUUUAGUGACUCUUAUGCAAACAAUGGGAAAAAUUAAAACGGAAACUGAUACAGUAACUAAAAUAAUCAAAGAGGGAGAAAAUGUUGUGACGCAGACAAUAACGACUGUUACAACUAAAGAAGUUAUAUCAAGAGAAGAUGGGACCCCUCAAAAUAUAAAAACCACUAUUGAAACAACAACAUUGAGCAAAGGCUCAGAUGGAUCUACUACUACUACAAAAGAUACCCAAACCUUACUUUCUGAAUGUUCUUCCAGCCUUCGAUCUACCUCACAAAUGGAUUUAUAUACAAAAGACUAUAAACAUGAUAAAGAUCAUUUUGAGACUGAAGAAGAAAAAUCUGAAACGUCAUCAAGCCAAUCAAAAGAUGCUGCCGAAAGUCUUCAAGAAUAUGAUAUUACGGAUACUGAUAAAAAAGUAACUGAUAAUGCAGAGACUAAAUUAAAAUAUGACUUUGUCCAAGAAACUGACGAAUUAGAUGAUAAUGUUGAAGACACAAUUAUUGAUACUGAUGUUAGUAAAAGAAUAAUUAAAGAAAAUAAUAUUGAUAUCAUAGAAACAAUUACAACUAUAACUAAAAAAGAGACACUCAAAGUAGAUGAAAGUAAGAAAAUUAUAAAAACUACUGUUGAAACUAAUGUGAGUAAAGAAUAUCCUGAUGGUUCUAAAGAUGUUCAAAAAAAUGUUGAAGUAAAAACGGAAGAAGUCGUUUUAGAUUCAAGUAGUAAUUUGGAUAAAAUUCUAAGUGAAUAUAUUAUGCUUGAUGAACCAGAAGUUAGUACUAUAUCAAAAACAGAAGACAUAAUUGAACAAAAUGUGUUGAUUAAACGCAGUAUAUUAACAAAUAUUGUAAAGACAAAAUACGUUGACUCUAAAGGCUUUCCUCGAAAAUUAAAAACCGUCACAACUGUUACUACGACUGAUGAAUAUCCUGAUGGAUCUUCAACUACCAAAAUUGAUAGUAGUACUUCACUUACUGAUUUAGAAAAAAAUAACGCAGUGGAAGUUUCAGAUCUCGUUGAUUUUACUGAAUUGGAAGAUAAGUCAAUUGCAGUCGACAAACAAGAAAAAAGUAUCAUGCUUGAUGGGAAAAGUGUACUGCAAAUUAUAACCACAACUACUACAAGAGAAAUAUUAGCUAGCAAAAACAAGUCAAAUAAAAAAAUUAAGACCACAGUGGAAACUGUUACUGAAAAUUGUAGAGCAGAUGGUAUUACUGAAGUAACUAAAGAUGUGAAAGUGACAGUAUCUGAUCAUGGCAUAAACUCUGGAGACCUGAACCUUGUAGGUUUUGGUGAAAUAAGUGAACCCGAAAGAGACACAGUUACUAAAACCGAUAUAAUAAUGGAAAAUGAUUUAUCAAUAAAAAGAAAAAUAACAACCUCUACAACAAAACAAGUAUUUGGUAACAUUGAUAGUAACAUAAAAAGGACCAAAAUAACAGUACAGACUGUAACUGACGAUGAAUACCCUGAUGGUUCUAUCAUAACAAAAACCAGUGAAAAAGUAUCUUUUAUAGAUGAAACACUCGUUAAUCAAAUAACUGGUACUUUGGAAACAACUUCAGAUAAGAGUAUAGUUGAAAAAAGUAAUGAACAAGAAAUAAAAUCAGUUAAAAAGGUUGAAUCUGAUCUUAAUACUACUAACAUUGGUGAGCAAUUAUUAGAUAAAAACGUAGAAGAUAUCCUUAGUGCAUUGAAUCUCGAAGGAGAACCAGAAACUAGUGAAACAAGUACAACGGAAGAAGUUAAAGAAAAUGGAAUUACUAUAACUAGACUGAUUAAUAAGCGAAUAAUAAAACUAAAGUAUUCAGACAACAACGGUGCCAUUAAAAAAAUAAAAACUAUAACGACAAUCACCACAACUGAUCAAUAUCCGGAUGGAUCAUCACAAACAUCUGUCAAUACAUAUACUUCCAUAAGUGACAUUUCGACUGAUGAUAUUCUACAAUCCCAUGAUUUACAUGAUUUUCCUAAUUUGGAAGAUAAAACAACGAAUAUAGACACGCAAGAAAACUUUGUUGUAAGAGAUAACAUAGAAAUAAAACAAUUAAUUACUACGACAACUACUAAAGAAAUAUUUUCUUCUCAAGAUAAAUCAAAAAGAAAAGUCAAAGUUACUAUUGAAACUGUAACAGAAUCAAUACUACCAAAUGGAGUUACCGAAGUCAGUAAGGAAGUGAAAGUUUCAGUAGCUGACUAUGGUAUGGAAACAUUUAAUGAAAGUUUAGAAGAUUAUACUUUAGUAGGGCAACCUGUUAUACAAUCAUCUUCGGAAACAGAAAAUAUUGUGGAAAAUGGAGUAAAUAUCUUACGAAAAACAACUAUCACUACAAUAUGCGAAAAAUUUGAAAGUAAACUUGCGCAUUCAAAGAAAAUUAAAACUACCGUAAGAACUGUAAUUGAAGAUGAGCAUCCAAAUGGCUCUAUAGUUACUAAGAAGAGUGAAAAGGUAUCAAUCGCUGAUAUAUCACCUAAAGUAACGAUGGCAGAAGGAGAUACUGAGCCUAUGGAAUCCUAUAUCGAUGACUCUGAAAUUGUUGAAGAUACUUCUGAGGAAUCUGAUGUUCAAAAUGAAAUAGUACAACAAGGUCCUGUUACAAUCAAGCGCACAAUUACUACAAAAACUAAGCGAGAAAUAUUGGCAAGCUCCGAUAAAAAUAUAAGAAGAGUUCGGACUACUGUGGAAACGAUCACUGUAGACGAGUAUCCGGAUGGAUCAACUGAAACUACAAAGGAUGUUAAAAUUACCAUUUCUGAAUUUCAGAAAACAUCCGACAGUGAUUUGCAGGCUGCAUUACAAGGGUUAAAAGCAACAGGUAAAAUUAAAACAUCAGUUGAUAAGAAAGUUAAUUCUAUCGAUCAUGAAGGAGAAAAAAUUACUCAAACAAUUACUACAUAUGUAACCAAAGAAGAAUUAAAAAAUAAUGAAACCAAUGAAAUUGCUGUCAAAACUGUUACAGAGACAUUGACAGAAAAUGAAAAGGUUGAUGGAUCGAUUGAUAUCACCAAAGAUGUACGAACACAAAUAACAUAUUUACCAUUAGGUACGAGCUUAGAUGACUGGACACCAGAAGAAUUGGAAGAAAUUGAAAAACAGCCGAUAGUCGAAGAAAAACCAGCCAAAGCACAUGAAUUACCACUAGAAAAGAAGGAAAAUUAUAGUCAAGGGCUAAAAUCAACAAAACAACGUUCUCCUGUAGGUGAAAUCACAACUGAUACCGAAACAUUUACAAAGGUUAUUCAUGAUGGUGAUAACGAAAUAACACAAACAAUUACCAUUGUUACAACAAAGGAGGUAGUAAGUCCAGAGAAAAUUAAAAUUACAAUUGAAACAACAACUGUCAGCAAAGGCAGUGAUGGUGUUACUAAGACAACAAAAUCUACUAAGACUACUAUAUCAGAAUUUAAAGAAGAGUUUGAAGAAAUUAUUGACACAGGUGAAAGCGAAAAGUCAUAUUCAAAACAUUCUUCGAAAACAGGCGAUAUGAGAAGUUCAUCCGCAGCUAGUGAUGACUUGGAUCAUCCUGGCAUAUCGUCUCCGCCGUCAGACAUCAGUUCACGUGGUUCUAGAGCCGCCACUCACAUAUGGGGAACUGAAAGCAGCGGAAUUUACUACAGUGAUGACGAUGGCCAAGGAAGCCCUAGCAGCACAAAGUCACAGAUUGCGCAUUCUCCACGAUCUAAUUUAAGCUUUGAACUUGAUUCAAAGUUGCCAGCACAACGGGAAGGUAAUGACGUAAUUUUUGAGAAGCAUGAUUUCGAAUCAUCACUAGCAAAAGAUCCGAUGUCAUGUUCUAUUUAUGGACAACUAACAGAAGAUGAUUCAUGCACAUCUUCUACCCAUUCAGAAGCAAAGACUGAAGUUCACGUAGUUGAUAAACCAUUAUCUAAACUGACUGAUGAUUUCCUGACACAGGAAAAAUUUCAUGCUGAAAGUACAAUGCACAUUAGUAAAAGUAAAUCUGAUGCCACAUUUUUACAAGAAGCCGACGAGCAUUUUGAAAAGGCAAUAGAGGACUAUAAAAAAGUAAGUGGCUCGGAAGUUAUUAAAAAUAUUACUGCUAAGUACGAAUUUCAUGACCAAAGUCAAUCUAGUUUGAGUCAUCAUGAAUCUUCCAAAGAGGAGAAUGUUAUUACACUCAAAGAUCUUAAGUCUGACACAAAGAAAGUUUCAGAAUCUAGUUCAUCUACAAGUAGCAAAAAGGAAACAAAUAGUGCAGAAAAAAUGGAAUCGAAAGAUUCCACAUUGAAAGACCCUAUUGAAUCUUGGGGAAAGCCACUGGGCUUGCCGAGUCCAGUUGGUCCACCUACACAGACAGAUGGAAAAAGUACGCCUAAAAAGCAAGCUCCUAGCUCGACCGUGCUGAACAAAAAUAAAAUUAAUCAAGAGAAAAGUAAAGAAGCAAAAAAUCGCGCCUCUGAAUCACCAAGUAAGAAAAAGGCCCCCACUCCAGUUUAUAUGGAACUGACAUACGUCCCGCAUCAUGGCAACUCAUAUUAUUCUGCGCUGGAGUUCUUCAAACGGGUACGAGCCCGAUAUUAUGUAUUCUCGGGUACGGAACCAUCCAAAGAAAUUUAUAACGCUCUUCUGGAUGCCAAGAAGACUUGGGAAGAUAAAGAUUUAGAAGUCACAAUAAUCCCCACAUACGACACGGAUGUCCUUGGCUACUGGGUGACAGAAAACGAGGAAGCCCUCGAAAAGUACAAGAUCGAUCUGUCGCCGUCAGCUUCCCGCUGCACCAUCAACUUGCAAGAUCACGAGACCUCGUGCGCGGCCUACAGACUCGAGUUCUAGGUGUCGGGUCUAUUUGUAGCCUUCUCAUCGAAGAAGUGAGCCUGCAACCAAGAUGCUCUCAGCUACGGGAACUGAAGGAUUAAUUGUUGAUAGAAAAAAAAGGCUGUGAUAAGAAGGAAGCUAGCGAGGGCAUCCGUACUGCACAAAGGCCGCUACUUCGCAUGAGAUAGUUUGCAAAUAGAUUCACUUAGAGAUUUUGUGAUAUUUGAAUGCAAUUAACAGACUGCUAAAGAGUUUGAUUAAAUCGUAGUUAAUAAUGAAGAUAUACGAACUGUGCUGGAGCAACAAGGCGACGCGCGCUCUGUCGCCGGCGCCGGCUGCCGACUCCGAACCGAUAUAGUCCUCGACCGCAUCCAGUUUAAGUCAAUAACCAAAUUUUCGACCUAAGAACAGAAACGUCCAUUUUUUUCUAAAACUCUAUUCUAGUAGCUUUCAUUAAAAUAGUGCAUGCCAUUUAAAAUAUAUUUCUGAUGACAUUUAAAAAUUUGGUCUUAUACAAGUAGUGCUUUUAUACACAAUUUUUAGCGUAACCAGUCCAUUUUGUUUAGCCAAAACACUGCUUGUGCGAAUAUCAAAAUUUUUGAAAAUUAUUUUGCUAUCACUUUGUAAAUUUUGAAAAGUGAAAAUGUAAAAUUAGCGAGCACAUUGUUUUAGUAUAUACGCUUCGAAAGGACGUAGUACGGUUCCGUAAGGACGUCGAUAACAUUUUGACAAGUAAGAUUAAAUACCUGAUGUACUUUUAUAUGAUCAAAGUAUGAUUCAAUAAGAUUAUAUUUAACUAAAUGGUCUUGAAAAGACACUUAAAAAUUUUAGUCGUUCGACAGACUAUACCGUCGGACGCUAGGUCUAAACAAUUUAUUAGAGGUGUGUCUGUUACACGUGUCUAGAAUGACAAAGAUGACUUCUGUCUACAGUAACCGAUUUAUAAUAAUAAAAGAAUCCAUUAGAGGUAGAAAGUUGUUCUACCAAUUUUUUUGUUCGAGCAAUUUUUCACGCAUUUUGUCAAGUUAAAAUUGCCCGAUAAAUAUAGACGAUAUUUCAAUACCAUAGCACCCUACCACACCGCCCCCACCCGGCAAGAUGAUGUCCAUUGAAAAGUGAGCUUUGUUGCGUUCUGCGUAGACAUACUUUGCAUUGACAAGACGAGAGCACAACAUCUUUGGACGUGGAAACGAUGUGGCAAAAGCGUGCUUUGAAAAAACUUUGUGACAUAUGUGAACAUUAUCAGAAAAUCCUGCACUUCUGACCGUGUUCUCGUGGGCCGCAAAGACCUUUGACGAUCGAUGCCGGUCGCAUACACAUAGAAGUGAUCUCUGUUCUUCUAGAAUUACAAGCCUAAAAUGAUAGUGAGCUUAUCCCAUUUAUAAAGUAAAUGUUUUAGUAGAACUAUUAUUACAAAAUGAACACUCUAUUUACCUUUGUUUAAGUUGAAACUUGCUUGUUGCGUCAAAGUUAAUUAUAACAUAGUUAUAUUAAUUACAUGUUAUGAAUUUUACUCAUUCGAAAUUUGUGAGUCGCGAAGUGAUAGACGAAUCUCGUUCGGUUUUUCUUUGCGUAUUUGUUUUUGGUCCGUCGUUGUAUUUAUCAAAUUUCUAGUCGAAGCGACCCAAAUACUUAUGAAGACGUAGAUUAUGUCGUGAUACGUUCCUAUUCGAAUUGAGUUUCUAAAUACUUUCCAAUGAAUUAACCUGAAUCCUCAUGUAAUUAUAGGCAAACUUACUCCAUUAGAUUGUUUUACGAUACGAUUUCGUUAGGAUGAUUGUGAGCGAAUGUGAUAUUCUGAAUCAUCGUUAAUUUACCAUCUAGUGAGUAAGCUAUCUCGAAUAUUUUCGGGAUCACAGGCGUUCAUUUCCUUUUUGUUGUCUGCCAAAUAUCAAAGGAAGGUUAUGAGUCAAUUAAUUUUAAGUCAUCCAUAGAAUUAAGCCGAUCUAAAGUCACGGUCUAUCGCUUACUUUGCCAACCUUCAAACUAAUAGCGAUAUAGCAUAUUUGAACGCACCAGCACAAUGUAAUAACAUAACAAAAUAAACUUUUAAAUGUUAAUAAAUACAUUAAAAAAAGUAUUGUAUUAUGUAUAUUUUAUUUUUAUGAAAGUACGAAUGAGAAUUUAUUUUAUAGUUAACAUUAUUGAUGGUAUAGUAUGUGUUUAUGUGUGUUGUUUGAUGCGAGCACAAUAAAUAAAUAUGUUUUUGAUCAUAAUUGAUUCAUGCUUAGGUAGUUGUGGAUGGGACGAAACAGGGAGCGGUGAUGUAGCCAAGUGGAGUGAUCAGCGCCGAUGCAGGUUUUAUCAAACUUGCCGAAAUAAAUCAACUCACGAAUCUUUAGUUACGGUCUACAAGACUACGGUAGAAAUCAAGUGUGAAUAGUUUCAUUUCAACGGGAAAAAAUACUGUUCCCUAGUUUUUUGCCGUGUCGUCACGACACGUAAGAAUCGAGGUCCUACCUUAUUCAUAAAUCUUCGUUCUUCGAUAAUCCUGCAAUCCAGCAUUACAGCUUCCAUUAAGAAUGCUACUGCAUCGGCAAUGAUAUAUAGACGCUUUGAUAUGUUAUGAAUAUUUUAAGGCUUAUAAUAAUUUCAGCCAUACAUGAUUUGGCUGGCUGGGGAGCCCGACCCAAGUUUACUAUUGUAUUUUAUAGCUAGAACUCUAAUGCAUAUUAUUAGAAAUAUAAAAUGUUACUAAAAUUAAGGAUUGUAUCAGCUUAGUUAACAUCAAUAGCUCUGAGAAAUAAAUCAUUAUGGAAAUUAUUAAAUGUUGUAUUCUUCCAAUGGUACGAUUAAACGAUAAUAUGUGUAUGUGUUAACAGUUGUUUGUUCCUAAGAUAUGAAAUAUGUGUAUUGUCAUCAUUUACACAGAAUUUGAUCAGUUUACACAUUUGAAAAUUUCAGUAGUCUACUCUCCACACGUUGUGACACGAAUUCAAGCUGACUCAUUGACACACCGAGCGUGCGCGGUUAGUAUGCAUGUUGCCCGUAUCCCAUAUACCCGUACGGUGUGUCAGACGAGUAUUCAAAAUUGUAAACUCAUCAUUUCUAGGCAUCAAUACUGUUUUAUAUACUAACCAAAAUAGAAUUUCGACAAAUCUAUAAACUACCAUAAUUUUCUACUCAAUUUUAAGAACACAUCAUCAAUGUAUACUUAAAAAUCGUAAUUGAAACCAAACCAUAACUGAUUCAAUAGUAAGUACUUAUGUUUCUCAAUAAUUAUAAUUAAGAAACAUACACAUAUUUUGCUUUAUUUCGAUGUGGGCGGUAUUGAUAGGUAGGUUAUUAAACUGGUCGUAAUCAAAACUACCAUUAUGCCAUCCUGGUAUCAUCGUGGUAGUUUUGUAUACAACAGGAGAAACCAAGCGAGCGUAAUAUCUAAUUUUGGAUUUAAAAACAUCUGAAAGGUAUUUAAUUCAAAGACAAAAUAGACAUCAAGAGUAUAAUAUAUUACAGUAAUAUAUUACGCUUGCUUGUGUUAAUGCCAAAGGCGGGGUCCCAUGGUACGUGAUAUUGCACACAAACAAGAGUUUCCAUUUAAACCUUAGCUUAGAUCGUCCGCUACGUGACGUAUCGCGUAUACAACCUGUCUCUGUUACACAUCUUUCGUGCGACUAAAUAGUGACUGGCUAAAUGUUUGGCACAUUAUGAGUCAUUCAAUACUACGUUGUUAACCUUGUGGCGAUUAAUUCUGCUUACGUUAUACUUGAAUGAUCACUAAAAUGUUUAGUUCUAUGAAUAUAGAAAUGUUGCCACUUCACACACCAUGGGAAACGCUCUUUAGGUGUGUAAGCUUUUGUGGUGCUAACGAAAUGCUAGAAUUGGGGUGACGAAUUAUCAUGUUUAACGGGAAUAAUUUUAAUGUGUGCUGGGAACAACUAGGUUUGCUUUACUGUUCUUCGAUUUUGAGUGAACACGUUUGGGUAUGGAGGACUGGGAGAUGGCUUCACGGCAAUCCAUCUUAGCUUUUCUGAUCACGUCUAUAAUAACUUCAAAACAAUAUCUAUUGAAAUGAAUCAACAUUACCUUGAUUAAUAAUAAUAAAUAAGUAUUGCUUUUGGAUUGCCAAUAAAGACAUUUUAUGGCAAAAAUGAUCGUGAAAUUCUAAGCUUAACAGACCAGCAAAUUAUUACAUUUUUGCCGUAAAAAAGUGGUGUGUAAUCAGAAAAUCUUUAAUAAUUUAAAUAAUGAUUAAGAUCCUUACGUGGAUGUUAGGUAUUUAUGAUAAUUAUUGUAUUAUGUAAAUUUAAAAAGUAAAAUCCACUCAUUGUAUCAGUCAUGUCGCUAUUCUCCAUUCAGCGUGUUUGAUGAAGUGUACGAGUCAUUAAAAUUAAUAAAAACAAUAAAAAUGUUCAA